AGCUCGUUUAUCAAACUGCAGGUUAGCUUGUUGGCUGAGGCGCACGCAGACGUGACACGAUGGCCCGCGCACGCGCCAUUGAGACCCGGCUGGAGAAGCUGGUGCCGGCGCUGGAUGAGUACUACUCCAGCGGCUUCCUCACACGCGAGGAGACGCUCGAGGUGUCUCGGCAGCGUACCCACUGGGAGUACCGCCUCGUCGCGAAGCCGCUUCUCCUUCUCGACGUGCGGGGGGCAAUAACUUACGAGCUCGUCCUGGAGAAGCGACUCCGCGAUUACUGCCAUCACACGAAACUCAGCUUGCAGCACCGCUGGGACAUCGUGGAGCGCAUCGAAGGCAUCUACAAGAUCGGCUUGAAGCACCUCAAGAACAAGAAGGAACACGAGUCACUUCGGCAAGAGUACGUGCUCUUUCUGAAGCAGUUUCAACGCAAUGGCAGUCUCAGCAACCUCUACGGGGAGCUCAUGGUGGCCUACCCGCGACGCAGCGAUAUUUGGGUGGAGGCGGCGGAGUGGCAGUGCACGCUGCAGCACAACACUGACAACGCCCGUGCGAUCCUACAGCAGGCGCUGCUGACCAUGUCGUCCGAGCCCACCGUGUGGGCGUGUGCGCUGCGGGUGGAGCUGCAGUUUGCGCAACGGCUGCUGGACGGCCUCCUCGCGGAGCACCGUGAAGAGGCGCGAAAGGCGCGCAGAAAGGCUGCUCACCAGGCAGCAGAGGAGGACGGCGAUCAGGUAACCCAAACUGUCGAUGCUGCUGAUGAUGGUGGUGCCGGUGCAGCGGAGCAGCCGACGUCCGUCAUUGCACCGAAGUUGCGGGCGGAGAACGCGUCCAUGGGGCAGGUGCUGUUGGACCUCGCCCUCGCCAAGACCGUCGUGGAGGAGUCGUUCGAGAGCCCUGCCAGCGGUGCGCUGCUGAUGGACCAGCUGCUGUCAGCGGCGGGUGCCUUUUCCUUCUCGAAGGAAGUCAUGGAGUUUAUUGUGUCGACUGCAACGCGCAAGAUGCUCGAGGCCUGUCUCGCCGCGGACGCACCGGGCGGGCGUGACACCACCUCGUCAGUCACCACGCUUUCCAUCGUCUCCCAGCAGCAGCAAUUGCGCGUGCGUGUGCAGUGGCGCCAUCGCCAGAGCAUCGACGCCGUCUUCGCCGCCUACCUCUCCAUGGAGGAUGCGUUGGUGAACCGCUACGCUACGGCUAUCGUGGACACGACGACCUAUUUGUCAGAAGGCGGCGGCGGUGCCAUUGCCGACGCGCAUCGCCGCCAGCAGUUUUCUCAGCAGCCGCAGCAGCACUCGAGCAACGCGGCGUUUGCUGAGUUUUCCUUCGCGAACCCGUCCGUCGAGGACCGCCGCCGCGCCGCCGUCAAGACGCUCGUCUCCAUCAUUACGUUUGCUUCGUUGCCUUCUUCGACGAUUGCCGCCCUGCCGGCUGUCACGGCGUCUGAUGCGGCGGACUCGACGCUGCGCUUUGCUGCUGUGCGGCAGACAUUGAUAGACGUUCUCCGCCGACUAGCGGGCACGCCGGCAGCGGCAGCAGGUGUCUCGAAGGUGUGUGCGGCGCUCCUGCAGGGCUCAUUUUCGCUGUCGUCCCGCAGCAACGGUGAUGGCGGUGCCGCGGCGACGAAGUUUGGCGCGGCAAGGAAGAACGACAAGAAGAAGAAGGUGCCGGCGGAGACGCCGCUCGAUGUGGCAGAGGUGGCCUGCUGGAUCCUGCAGCAGCGGAAGCUCGACCAGGCAACGCAGCAAACCUGCGUAGAGACGCCGCAGCAACGAGUCCACAAGCUGGAGGAGGAAAUGACGUCUGUUGCGAGCACCGCUGCGCCGCCCAGGUCUCGCGCUCGCAUCGAGCCGAGCUCGUUUUCCGCCACCGUGGAGGCUUCUCCUGCUACCUCUGCUUCUCCUCUGCUCACCUGGUCCGUCGUGCAGCUCGAGCGCUUCUUGCACGCUGAGGAUCGCGACGUGCUGCGUAGCACCGGCGCCCAGCUGACAUCACCCGCUUCUGCCUCUGCGCUUGUAGGAAAUGCCGCAACAAAGCCUCUGCAGCUGACGACGGAGGAAGUGGAUCGGUUUAUUGCGUGGUGGAAGGAGGAGGGGGCGCAGCUGCAAGGCGGGCCGAUUGUGUCCGCUGGCGAGGUCGCCGCCUCGCACGCACGCCGCCGCAUGGCAGUGGUGGACCUUCUCCAGCAACAUGGGCUGCUACCUGCUACAAUGAAUAGCCUGGUUAGUAACUCUCGUGGGAGCGGUAGUAGCAAGAAGACGCCGGCAGAGCGGAGUCGCUUGACGGAUACGGACGCCUGGGCGGUGGCGGAGGCAUUUCUGCUCAAUCGCACCACGGCCUUGCAGUUCUGUCCACCCGCCGCCGUUAGCGACGACCGUGCGACUUUGCUGCCGCUGUCCAUGUGGCGCGUCUUCAGCGCACUGGAAUCCAUGGUGGGCCCUCUCAACGCGAACGCGCCGUAUCUUGCGAACGACAGUGGGGCCUCCAAGAAGUUUGCGGUCCGCAGCAGCAGCAGCAACGAUAGUGACAGCGACGAUGAUGCGAGCUAUAAUCUUGAUAGCCGUACUGCUGCGCGUCCUGGUACUUCCCCCUCUUCGUCCUCUGUGACGCAGAGCACUACACGGUUCACCAGCUUCGCCGCCGCGGGUCUGCACUUCCUUAGCGGCGUCUCUUCCAGCGUACUCGAUCGGACGCAGGAGUGGGUGCGGCUGGAGGGCGUGACGUCGCUGCUGCGGUGUCGUCUCGCCUCGUGGUUGGGCCGUCGUGUGUGCACACGAGAUGUCGUCGUCGAGGCGCUGCGCGGGGCGUCGACGGAGGCGGCCGAAGGGUGGAUGGCGGACCUGCAAGGGUUGUUGGUGGUGGCGCAGCGGUGCCAGCCGCUUCCCCGCUACGCCCACACGCAUUGCAUCCUCCCGUUCUUGGAGGGAGUGGCGGUGUACCGCACGCUGAGCGCCAGCGCGAGCCCGGCGACGGUGCGCGGCGCCGUGCAGGCUGCGCGGGAGGCGCACGAGGCGUUGCUGAAGCUGUACGGAGUGUCGAAGCAGCCCGAGUCCUUCCUGCCUCUCGUGUACGACGGCACGCCUGCGAAGAAGCUGUCGGCGGGCGAGGCGCCGUCCGCCACCACUGGGAAAGCUUCCACGACUGCGGUGCAGCAGGCGAACACCGAGGACUGGGUGGCCUACGUCGUGUUUGAGCGCACCGUGUCCAAGGAUCUGUUGAAGGCAAAAACAGUCGUGGAGCAGGGUCGACGGUCGGCUCUGUCGCCGCAGCAGUUAAUGGUGAAACUGAAUGCACUGUGA